GCAGGCGCUGAGUCGCGACCGCCCGCUAAGGGCGCGGGAGGCGGGGCUCGGUGCAGAGGGAUGCAAUCGGGACCGCCUCCUGGGCCGGGCCGGGGUCGGGCUCCUGUACCCAGGGAGCAGGCCUGCGAGCUACCGCGACCCUAGUCAGCGUUGUACCCGAACCGAAGUGAGAGGGCACGGGGAAGAGUCAAAGAGGGUGCCGAAGCGCUAGCCCUGCUCGCCAUGGGGGAGGUGGAGAUAUCUGCCCGGGCCUACGUGAAGAUGUGUCUGCACGCUGCCCGGUACCCACACGCCGCAGUCAACGGGCUGUUGCUGGCGCCACCCCCGCGGUCCGGAGAAUGCCUGUGCCUCACCGACUGUGUGCCCCUCUUUCACAGCCACCUGGCCCUGUCCGUCAUGUUGGAGGUCGCCCUCAACCAGGUGGAUGUGUGGGGCGCACAGGCCGGUCUGGUGGUGGCUGGGUACUACCAUGCCAAUGCAGCAGUGGACGACCAGAGCCCUGGGCCCCUGGCCUUGAAAAUUGCUGGGCGAAUUGCAGAAUUCUUCCCUGAUGCAGUACUUAUUAUGUUGGAUAAUCAGAAACUGGUGCCUCAGCCUCGUAUCCCCCCAGUCAUCGUCCUGGAGAACCAAGGUCUCCACUGGGUCCCUAAGGACAAGAACUUAGUGAUGUGGAGGGACUGGGAAGAGUCAAGGCAGAUGGUGGGAGCUCUACUGGAGGAUCGGGCCCACCGGCACCUUGUGGACUUCGACUGCCACCUUGAGGACAUCCGGCAGGACUGGACCAACCAGCAACUCAACACUCAGAUCACCCAGUGGGUUGGUCCCACGAAUGGAAAUGGAAAUGCCUGAGCCAGGGCGGUCCAGAUCCAAUAAAGAGACUUGGGCUAAUGGGCAA